UAAGGUAACGUUUGCCAUAUGUGAAGAAAACAUUCACGCUUGGACUUUCAGAGAAUGUAUAUCCGUAGAUAUUAUCGCUAGGAUCAGUUCGUUAUUAGAGCCAAUCUAAUAUUCUGUGAAUGAGGCGAAAUGGCUGAGCCCCAAUCCUCCGUGUGUCAAACAGAACCGAGCUGAUCGUCGCUACAUCCUGAGAGUUACUGACGGCAAAGCGAUCUUACACCGAGGAUACUCACAAUUGUUAUAACAUUAACCUCUCAUGCAUUUCUCACUUCUGUGCAGUUUUAUUUUUGAGAUCUUUAUACAGGAAACAUUAACUGAGUCUAUACGCCAAUUUAUCAACAGUUCAGUCUAAAAUGUGAGAAAAUUUUUUUUAACGUUUUUCUUCGACUUUAUAGAGCAAUAAUUAGAAGGGAAAGAGCAGAAUAUCGUUUUGUAGACAGACCAAUAAGCCACUUAGUGAAAAACAGAAAUGACUAGAGAAUUUUCUCUUAACUGAUUUUUCAUAAAAUCACUCUCUUCAAGUCUCAUGUAGACAAGAGAACAUAUUAAAGGUUACGUCUUUUUGGCAGUAACUUAUAACAUUUAUUUUAGCAAAACAAAACCAAAAAUGUCUUGUACUUCCUCUUUUAACGAUCUACCAGAAUUACCUUUGCUACAAAGUUUUCGGUAUUUAAAAUCGGGAGAGGUCAUAUUCGCUUUUUUUAAUUUAAAUCAACGUUUAAAUUUAUUAUUAUUAGAACGAAAAUAUUUACAAAAAUUUCACGUAUAUAAUGUUUCACUAUUGAUAAUUCAUUCAAUUUAUUACAAGAUUUUACCUAAAAUUGUCGACGACUGCAACUAUAUACAUGCUGAUUCACUGUCUAUUAAUGAAUUGGAUUCACAUAAUCAGAUUAAAUUACAUCUUGCUGCUAUUAACACUGAUAGUAGAAUACGGUGUUUUUUUCAACAUGUAACAGUUUUAUAUCUUUAUAACAUUCGAAAUGGUGAUGAUCUGAACGACAUUUUUCAACAGGUGAGUUGAAGAUAAUCAUUUUCUUAAAAUACUCAAUUAUGUGAAACAGGUAUACUUAACUCCAAUAUAAAGAGGAGUCGCAAUUUGUUGUGAAGAUUGGUCCCUGUAUUUUGCAUUCUUUUCCCUUAUCAUCAUUCCAGCACUAUGAUUGGCGAUUUUUAAAAAGACUUCAAUAAAUUUCUUAAUAGUUACAACGAUAUCCAUGAAACAUACCUAAACAAAGAUGUCGUUGAAAUUCGGUAUCUUUCCAACGAGAACGAAAGCUACCCCGUACUCAACUUGAGGACGAGGUGCUGUCAGUUACAUUGACGUCAGGAUGAUUUCAUUAAAACUCGAAAAUUUUCUGAAAUUUAGGCAGUUUUCGGAUAUUUAUAAGAUGCACGGAAAGCAUAGUUCGAGCAAACAAAAUAGCUUUCUUUUUCUAUACAUCAUCCGAUAGAGAAUCGAACGGCGAUUCCGGAUAUCUGUUCUCGACCCCAGAAGCCCUUUCCUCACCGAGCUAUCACCGAAAUACUAGGACUAUUCAUCGCUUUUUCGAAAAUUGGAUUUUCCAAAUCCGGUUACGAUUUGGAGAAUUCUGACAUCCAUAUUCUUAUUCAGCGUUGAAAACUGAAUCAGAAUGUGAUCUGAAAAUUAUUUUUGACCUUAACCUCUCUGCGGCAGGGAAGAAAAAAAUGACCAAAAAAACACGCAUUUUUGCAAACCUAUCUAGUUUUUUGUGGAGGGUCAUGGAGCCUCAACUCACAUAGCGUUAGAUUCCCUGGAUGCUCCUCUUCAAAACAACAAAGAGCUUUUCUUAAAAUUCCUUUUUGCUCGUUGAGAAAAGUCUACUUUAGUGGAAAAAAAUCGAAAUUCUGAUCCUAAUUCGCAAUUUUAUCCAUCAGAACUCAACUUUCACGCAACAAAAAUAUCAUAUUCGGAAUCAGAGUUGAAAAUCGAGUCGAAUGAUGUAGUUUUUUAUUUUAUUCGAUCACUCUGAUUUUUUUUGAAUUUUGGCGUCGAAGAAUUACUGAGAUUUUCAUCAAAAAAUGAAAAUCAACGGAAACAUUUAAAACCUACACUUUUGUGAAAAAAGAAAAGAAUUCGAUUAUUGGGGGGGGGUAUCCUCGCCCCCGCUAGAACCAGCCCUGUCUGUUAGUCUAAUGUUAGAGUAACAAAUAUCUUUCAGAAAUUCGUCUUUCAUUAUGGUAUAGCAUUCACAGAUUAACUUGACAGGUUGGAAGCGUGCAUAUCGUAUGUAUUCACGAACAGGUCUUAUUAUCGGGAGAUGCAUUUUUGGUAAGUGUAUCCUUCACAGUAAUAGUUAGAACUUCAUUAUAAAACCCUGUAAACUAAGAUGGAACAGUAAUUGAACGUACCUUUGUUAUUAAAACUGAUAGUAUCUUAAAACUUUAAUAAUAUUAGAAAAAAGUAUACUAACGACUCAUACUGAGGAAAGUUACAUUUUAGUCCCAUUAGAGCUGUCUUGCCAAAGACUUCUUGUAUACCGUGCAUUAAGUUAGAAUAAAAGAUUUCUUAAAAUUUUUUAGUGUCAUUUUUUAAAUUUAAUUGAUUUGAAAAUAACUGUCCAUACAAAUUAUUCUUGUUAUUCGAUUUUAUUAUUUAAACAAUUGUUGUUAUCUUCUUCUUAUUCAACAGCAACAACAUUAAAAAAGUGUGAUUUAAGAGAUUAUACGCUGUGUUUUAAUCAUUGGGCAUUAUCAAUGUUAACACCAAACACAAACAUUGAAACACUAGCGAUUACUAUUCGUCAUUUAAAUGAUGUCUAUUUCAUUUUUUAUAUGUUUCCAAAUUUAAAACAAUUAUAUAUUACUUUUUCAGCUUUGGAUGAUGAAAUAAAUCAACAGGAUCAUAUCGAUCUAGUUACGCCAUUUUUUGUUACAUCUUUGAUCGAAUUUAAAAUAGAAUUUUUGCCUAACAAAUUCAAUAUAUUUAAGGAAAUAAUCGAGUAUAUAAGUGAAUGUAAAGUAUUAAAGAAAUUAUCGUUUAUUUAUUUAAUGGGUUGUGAAAUUGAUGGAAAUGCAUUUAAGGAAUUAUUUACUCCGCUUAUAAUUAAAAAUCAAAUUGAGUUAAAAUUUUAUAUUUAUUUAUCUAAUUCAAUGAGUGAUCUAUCUUCUAUGAACGAAUCAUUUCAAACAUGGAUGCCUAAUACAGCUGUUAAUAAUAGCCAGGUUUACAAUUUUUAUUUUGUUUUCACCCUGCCAUGGAUGGAAAAGGAUGUUUUAUUUCGAUUUUUUAUUAACGAAAUUGAUUAUAAUAGAAUGAAUAAUCCAAAAUGUUUAAAUAAUAUAGGAUGUUUGAAUUUGCACUGUUCGUCACCAAUUACCUAUUCAAAAUUAUCAACUAUAUUAACUACCUAUUACCGAAAUGUUAGAUCACUUGAAAUCAAUGAUCUUGAAUUAAUUGAUAAUAAUGAUAGUAAUUCCAGUGCUAUGAUAACAAGAACAAUAACGUUAAAUAACGUUAAAUUUGUGGAUUUAUCUUAUUCAAGUAAUCAAACCUGGAAGAAUUUUCAUAAGAUCUUACGAUUAAUGCCAAAUAUAAAUAGUUUAUCUAUUAGAGCAUCGAAUUUCCGUGUUAGUACAUCAGAUUUAUUUGAUUCUCUAGCUGUGCUUUGUGAUACGCCAGCAUUUUGCAAUAAGAUUAUAUGUUUACAAUUAACAUUUAAAUUUAUAAAAGUAAAUUUAAGUCAAGUUUUCAUUUACUUCGAUAAAUUAGAACGUCUACGGUUAUAUUUCUUCAGAUAUGGUUAUGAUGAUGAUGAUGAUUAUACAACAACAAAAUUAGAAUAUGAUGAAAAUGAUUUAAGUCUGUUCUGCUUUAAACUUAUUAAAAGUAAAACAUUAUUAUCAGUUGAUAUUACAAUUUAUAAUACUGAAAUGAUACUCACCCUCUAUAAUAAACUGAUAAAUUUUAGAAAUCAUAGUACAGUAUCCUCAGCAAUAAUUGAAAUUGUACAUAAUGUGUGUUUAACUGUUCGAAAAUGGAAUUAG